CAAAAUCUCUGAAGACAGAAUUUCUGUACUGUCAUCUAUAAUCAUUCCGUUUACUUCUGUUUUCCGCUAAUCACGCCUUCACCCCUCUCUCUCUCUCUCUCACAGACACACAGAGAGAGCUUCUUAUGUCCCAAACAACAAACAUUACCAGACCGCGCCACCUCGUAUCAUGGCCGUCCUCCCUCUCCUCCUCCUCUCUCUCUUCCCUGUCGCCCUCUCUUUCCCCACUCCCUUUAAUUACAGCCUGCACAUUGACUGCGGCGGCCUAGUGAACACCUCAGACGCCUUCCGCACGUCCUGGCUCGCCGACCGCUACUUCACCGGCGGCGCCGCCUCCGUCGUCUCCGAGCCCCUCAUCUUCCGCCACCAGCAGGAGAAGACCCUUCGCUACUUCCCCGUCUCCUUCGGAAAGAAGAACUGCUACUCCGUUCCCGUCCCCGCCGGCGGCGGCCGCUACCUCCUCCGCACCUUCACCGCCUACGACAACUACGACGGCAAGUCGCACUCCCCGUCCUUCGACGUCGCCGUCGGAGGCACCGUCGUCUUCUCAUGGAGAUACCCCUGGCUCGAAUCCACAUCUCGCUACGGCGCCUAUUCGGAUCUCAUCUUCCACAACAACGAAUCCGCCAUCGACGUCUGCUUCUACAGCUUCGGCACCGAUUCCCCUGUAAUCGGGUCCUUGGAGUUGACCCAAAUUGACCCCUACGCCUAUCCUUUGCCCUACGCCAGCAAGAACUCCUCUGAUUACAUUUUAAUCAACUACGGCCGAUUUUCAUCCGCGACAGAGCAGUGGGGCCCUGGAUUUACAAACGACACUGACGUUUUCGGCCGUUCUUGGCAGUCAGAAACCCUAUUCCGUGCCGAUGCUGAUUCAUUUCCGGAUGGGCCAACAGUCAGAUCAAUUUCAGCAUUGAAACCUAUCUCCAGAGUUGAAUUGAGCCCAAAUUACUUUCCCGAGAAGCUUUACCGGACUGCAUCUACUCCGGCUGGAAAUGAGAGUGGUGGUGUUUUGGAGUACGAAUUGCAGGUGGACGCUAGAUUGGAUUAUUUGCUGUAUUUCCAUUUUGCAGAGAUUGAUGGUAGCGUGACUAGGGCCGGGCAGAGGGUGUUUGAUGUGUUGGUAAAUGAAGAGAAUGUGAAUCGGGUGGAUGUGUACGAUAAGGUCGGUGCAUUUGCCGCAUACGAUUGGAGCUAUGUGGUGAAGAAUCUAAGCAACACGGUUUUGAACGUGAAGCUGCAAUCGGUGGUUGGAUCGCCGGUGAUUUGUGGGCUUGAGAAUUACGCGAUUGUGCCCGUUGAUGUUGAGACUGCACCUGAUCAGGUUGCUGCUAUGAAAGCAUUGAAGGAAUCACUUCGUGUGCCAGAUAGAAUGGGUUGGAACGGGGAUCCAUGUGCUCCUGCAACUUGGGAUGCUUGGGAGGGUGUUACUUGUCAUGCCUCGAAAGACGGAUCUACCCUUGUUGUCUCCCAAAUUGAUCUUGGGAGCCAAGGACUGAAAGGCCACAUCAGCGAAAAGAUUGGCCUCUUGACGAAUUUGGUAAGCUUGAAUUUGAGUUCUAAUUCUUUGGAAGGAAAUAUACCCCCAGGGUUAGGUCAAAAAUCUCUUGUAAAGCUGUUUCUGAAUGACAACUUACUGGAAGGGCGAGUCCCCGAGGAACUUUACUCAAUUGGUGUUCACGGUGGUGCUAUAGACCUUGAGGGUAACAAAAGAUUGUGCGGCGUUCCUUCUUUGCCCGAUUGUUCUGUGCUUUGGGGCAAAGAAGGCUUAUCCACUGGCGGCAAAGUGGCGAUAGCCCUGUCUUGUCUCGUUAUUAUUUCUGUAGUGGCCGUCGGAGUAUACUAUUUCGUUGUCUGGAGGCACCGUAAUGAUUAUGACUUUAGCUUCCCUCAUGAAUUGCUGUCUCUUGCUUCAAAGAGAAAUCGGUAUCAACGGCAGAAGUCACUGAUGACCCUUGAAAUGGAGAGCCAGCAUGCCAAGAAAGGAUUCAUACCCACUUACAAUGUUAGCUGAUCAUUGGCAAUUGAUCAUAAUACGGAAGUUCUUGACCGUAUUCAUAGAAAGACAGACAUAAUUUUAAGUUGCACAAUGGAAAGGCUUGGGCCAAUUUUCCAUUUAAACAUCGUUUGUGGUGGAUACGGCUCAGAUUUUGGGUUCUUGCAUAAGAAAACCACAUUGUUGUGUGUAAUGUUAUGUGCAUUUUUCUUGAUUGUGUAGCUAGCAAAAUCUGAAAAGCGAAAGCAAAAGGGCAAAUGCCGGUGUUACCAUAUUGUAUGUAGCAUGACCAGUUUUGGUUGCCAUUACAGUUAGUAUGCUAUAUGAAACUACUCUUUUUCUUGAGCUUGUUUUCCUUUCUUCAAAUUGUUUUCACACCUUACUACAGUUGGUCAACUUGAUGAUAAUACAUACAUUAUUUUUAUGUAUAUUUGAGAGUGAUUUUCUGUUGGUGUGUAUAUUGAAAACUUGGGUUUUUGUUAACACUAAUUCUGUU